AUACGCCGCUGACUCUUCCCAUGGCAAAAAAUGCCGACACAAACACAGUCUACGAUGCAUAUAUAUAUAUACGACCGACCGGGAUCUUUCAGUCUCUUGCCUGCCUGCCUGCCUGUCUGCCUGCUUGCCUGCUUGCCACUACGGAUCUCUCUAUCAGCCAGCAUGCGUGUUGCUUGCCUCGCGGUGUUGCUGUGCCUGUGGGCGGCCACUGGGGUUGAGGGGAAGUCCUUCCACGCAGGAGUCGUUCCGGAGUCCAGAGUCGCCCGCCAGGCCAUGAGGCAAGACGGGGAGUCAAAAUUAGGGAGCAGCGAGGAAGACGCCGAUGCAGAACCGGAGGCUGAGGCCGAAGCGGAACCUUACCCGGAAGCAGAGGCAGAGGCAGAAGCAGAAGCAGAAGCAGAAGCAGAAGCAGAAGCAGAAGCAGAAGCAGAGGCAGAGGCAGAAGCAGAGGCAGAACCUUACCCGGAAGCAGAAGCAGAGGCAGAAGCAGAGGCGGAACCUUACCCGGAGGCCGAGGCGGAGGCAGAGCCAGAACCAGCAUCCAAGGAUUCAACGGCAGUGUAAAGUAUUCCUUGAGUCAAGAAACGAUAAGUGAUGGUUUAGAUUAGAGAUCGCCGUCUGCUUAGAUCUCGAGAAUCCAUUCCAAGCACCUUACAACACACCAAAGAUGUGGAGGUCUUCAAGCUUCGAUGUCAUAAGUCGGGAAUAAUAACACAAGUUGGGAAAACUGACUUAAUUUUGUUAUUCUAGAUCCGAGAAGAAACAUAUAUACUUCUUCAGAGGCAGCAUAGGGCUCAAGAAGCUUCGUUGAUGAAGAGUUCUUGUUAAGCCUGUAAGCUUUUCUUUCUCUGCUCAAAUGUAUGAAUAUAUUUUUUGUGGUUAUGUGUUGAGAGAAUAAUUUCCUUUCAUAAUUGCCAUUCAUCAAGAGAACAUGGAAAGUGAAAUAGGUUCCAAUUGAUUUUUUUGGACAUUGGUGAUAUAGAGUGAAUUAUCAUCUCUAUACCAGUAUAGUUGUAGUAAUUUCUACAAAGCCAUAUCAUGAAGUUGAGAAAUCAGAAUUUUAUCUUUUGCUAAGAGAGCAUUUUGAAAAUUGUUUGAAAAAAAAAAAAAUCGAAAUAUAUGAAAGAAUAAAGAUCAAUAACAGUCCCAUGAUUUUUUUCACUAUUACACAAACCCCCCCAAAACAUGCAGACUAGUCUUUCCUGUGUAAGAAUGAAAACGAUUCAUGGUUACUGGUUACAAAGCAAAAUAAAUGUGCCAGACAGUUAUAUAUCAAUUUAGAAAGGCAUAGUAGCAAAAAGGGUAAAGAGGGGUAUUAGUUAAUGAUUAAAUAUACUACACAUAUAAAGUCAUAAAGCAGUUCAGGAUAGCAUGGCAUUGAAAGGGGCAAAGAGGGUAUAAUGUAAAUGGAUUAAGGUAGAUAUUAGCAAGGGUGAUUAGAUGAGAGUUGUCAGAGGAAUAGAUAUGGGACUCUGCAAGGCUGUCUGUAGGUUAAGGUAUGGAUUAUUAACAGGAGAAAGGAGGCUUAAGGGCAAUUAGAUCACAGUUGUAAGAAUUAAAAGAGGCUUAAUUUGGGAAAGGGGAAAAAUAGAGCAAGUCAUGACACUGAAAUUUAUAUACCAAGUCAAAGAGAGGGAGAGGGAGUGGGAGUGGGAGAGAAUCGAUUUUAAAGACCAGCAUUUUAUGAGGUACAGCAUCACUUACAAAAUACAGUAUUCACACAUGUGCAGUAUAUGUUCAACUCUUUUUAACAUGUUAUUGCGACUGCUGGUUUUCAAAUUAUUUUUUUUACUCCAUAGUCUGUAUUGUCUAUCAAAACAAUCCUCAAUACCACAAUUAUAACAGGCAAAAUAAAUUCAUAGAAAUUGU